CGCACAAAGUGAGCGAGCCUCGAGCUUUCGUGAAAAUGUGCAAGCAGGACCCAAGCGUUCUGCACACCGAGGAAAUGUGCUUCCUGAGGGAGUGGGUGGAGAGCAUGGGGGGUAAAAUACCACCUGCUACUCAUAAAACUAAAUUGGAAGAAAAUACCGAGGAAGAAAAAACAGAUAGUAAGAAGGUGGAGGAAAACAUAAAGACAGAUGAACCAUCAAGUGAGGAAAGUGAUCUAGAAAUUGACAGUGAAGGUGUGAAUGAACCAGACACUGAUGCCCCUCCAGAAAUGGAAGAUGAAAAUGUAGAGAUAACUGAGGGGAUGAUGGAUUAG